AUGAUGUCCAGUCGAGUCAUUCCCGAUAAUCCCCUGAGCCUCUCCUGGCAAGAUUCUGUAUGGAUACCCAUAUUAAACACGUCCAAUGUAAUGGACUACUUUUCACAAGCAUCAAAUCCAUUCUAUGAUCGAACCUGCAAUAACGAGAUCGUCAAAAUGCAGCGGCUUAACCCAGACCAGUUACAAAACAUGACUGGAUUGGAGUACGUUCUUCUGCAUGUACAAGAGCCGAUACUCUACGUUAUUCGAAAGCAACACAGGCACACCCCGCAACAAUUAACUCCCUUAGCCGAUUACUACAUCAUAGCCGGCGUGGUACACCAAGCUCCUGACUUAGCCAGCGUUCUGAAUUCCAGACUGCUCUCGGCAGUUCAUCACCUCCAAUCAUCGUUCGAAGAGUCGUCCAGUUUCGCGAAGUACCACCCUACGAAAGGGUACUCGUGGGACUUCAAGUCGCAACGGGCGAAUUUGGAGAAAGCGAAGAAGGAGGAGAAGCCCAGAGAGGAGCCGAGCUCUUUGUUCCAACGACAACGGGUCGAUAUGUUGCUGUGCGAGCUAUUAAGGAAGUUUCCGUUGCCCACUCCGCCGCAGCCCAAGAGCCUGCCAGCCGCUCCGAUCAAGUCGGAACCCGAGAACGGCCCGGCGGACACCAAAGAUGCUAAAAACGAGAUCAAACAAGAGAAAAUUAAACCUCCUCCGGAGAAGAAACCAAGGAUACAUUAG